AUGAUACUCGUGCAUACUGGAGACAAUCAAAUUGAUGAACAGAAGUUUAGAUUUCGUGGUUUUGACACCGACAUCCAUGAAACCAAACAGUUCCUUACUUGGAAGUUAGCUUCACCUGCUUUGCUACAGUUGUGGACAUACAAACCACAACAUGGAUGGUACUACAUCUCCUGCAGCAUCUCCAACAACAAACUUCAACAAGCAGACACAUCUAUGUACUGUAACAAGUGCAAAGAGUAUAACAACGUGGGGCUCAUCAGCUACCGUUUCGAAAUGAGAUUACGUGAUAGAAACGGAGACGUCGGAACUUUUGUUGUCCUCAACGGUGAAGCCACCAAAAUAGCUGGAAAAAAUGCUCGUGAUGUUUUAAAUGAAUGCAUUGAGGCUGCGGGUAAAGAUAAUUGCGAAGGAAUAAAGACCACAAUUCCAGAAUGUUUAAAGCAUAUCAUUGGCUGCUCCUGCAAAUUCCAGAUCAAACUCACAAAAUACAACUUCAACACUUCUCGCCAAACUAUCACCAUCUCCCGGAUCAUUGAUACCCAAAUCGCCUCUCUUAGUGAAUCAGGUGAAGAAAACUCCAAAGAUGGGGAUGUUGAAUGUAAGGUUACUGCAACAAGGGAAAAAAUGCACGCAAACCAGAAACAACCAAAUCAGCCGCAUCAAAUGGAAACAAGGACAAACGUUCCGUAUCGACAACUAAACAGUCACUACUUAUGUCUACCUUUUAAAAUAGUCUCUUUCUCAUGAUGUUUAUCAUGUUUUAAAUUUGUUAAUG